AUGCUGACCAAAUCCGCUUCCGUGGGCACAACAGUCCUGUCAUUCAUGUCCCAAUUUUCUGCCACCUCGAGGGACGGCAGCAAGACAAAUCAGCCAACUCCAACUUCGUCGCCUCCCCCCGACGCGGCAACACCUUUUCCUCCAUACAACCUCAAGUCGCAGCCACCACCAACACAAUCACAACCUCAAAAGACAGAGCCCUCCCCAGAUCCGCCCGCCAGUUUUGGCCAGCGCCCCGCAACCCCUACUUCGCCCGCGCGUCCACCCUCCGAAUAUGCGUCAUCGCCCGCCAACGGAACUGCCAACAGCUCGCCCGUAAAUAGCCCCAGAGCCGUCUCCGGCCGUCAACGCAGCUCCUCCCGCCCACUUUCGAUGAUAAUGCCAUACCAGCCGCCCCUCAUGGAUAUCAACGAAGAUACCAUUCCCGAGCUUCAGCCCAUUUUCACUUUUCUCAACAGCCAUGCAAACAAGCUGUAUCAGGAAGGCUAUUUUUUGAAGUUGGAUGAUCAAAACACCCAGGGCAAGCCCAAUGCCGACCGCACCUGGACCGAGUGCUUCGCUCAGCUUGUCGGAACCGUCCUGUCGCUAUGGGAUGCGGCAGAGCUCGACGCCGCUGGCGAGGACGGCGAGAUCCUCCCAAAGUUCAUCAACUUGACGGAUGCUUCGAUUAAGAUGAUUGACUCUCUACCAACACGAUCGAAUGACGAACAGCCGCUGCAGAAUAUCCUCAGCGUUUCAACUGCCGGCAGAAACCGUUAUCUGCUGCACUUCAACUCCCAUCACUCAUUAAUACAAUGGACUGCUGGCAUCAGGCUCGCCAUGUACGAGCACUCAACGCUGCAGGAGGCUUACACGGGUGCCUUGAUCGCCGGCAAGGGCAAGUCUCUCAACAACAUUAACCUCAUUAUGGAUAGAUCCAAGUUCAAGACCGAGGAAUGGGUGCGUGUGCGAUUCGGCGCAGGAGUGCCUUGGAGACGGUGCUGGUGUGUCAUUUCCCCGCCUGACGAGAAGGAGUAUGCAAAGGCUCAGAAGGUGAUGCGGAAGAAGUCACCCUAUGAUCGGUCGAUGCCCAUUCUCAAGGGAGACAUUAAGUUCUACGACACCAAGAAGGACGGCAAGAAGCAAAAGAAGGCCCGCCCGAUCGCCACAAUUACCGAUGCCUACUCGUCGUAUGCCAUCUAUCCGCAGGCAAAGUCGCUGAUCGAUGCCUCCACCCUCCUCAAGAUUGAGGGCAACAUCACCAUACACUCCGACCCGCCAUCGUCCACCGAGGGUUUCGUUUUCAUCAUGCCGGAGACUCACCCUGCUGUGAGCGGCUUCGAAAUGCUGCUGCGCUUCCUCUUCCCAACCUGGGACACCUUCUGCCUCUACGGACGCCCUGGUAGACUCGUGGCUAGCGUUUUAGACCCGAGGUCGCUGAUGUUCGCUAUGCCAAAGCACCGCAGAUAUGGUUACCUCGAGAUCCUCGACGUUUCUGGACUGAUCUUGGAAGAAGGCAGCUCAGGCUGGUCAGAGCGUGAGUGGAGAAAGAAGCUCAAGGAGCUCACUGGUAAGCGAAUGAAUGCAGUGGAUGAGAGCCAAGGCAUGCGUCAAAGAAGUGGAAGCAAGAAGAGCAACCGUCUCAGCUUCGGCAAUGGCACCUCCAGCCCUGUGCCAGCCAAGCCUAGAGUAGGCUUUGCAGCUGAUGCCAUUUCAAAUCGGUCAUCUCGGUCCAUGUCGCUCGGCACGCCAAACCGCUCAGAGAGUACGCCUGUCACGACUUCUCGUGCACCUCCUGCAUUGGCCGGUAUCAUGAACAAGGCCAACCAUGCACGCAACUCUUCAGAUCCUCACCUGCUUGGCCACACACCCCAGCCUCCUGAGGACCAUGGAUACGACAGCUCAUACAACUCUAGCAACAACUCACCUGCACCCUCGCCAGUCAGAGGACCCUCUCCAGCAGCACAAGGCCCAGCACCUGCAAGAGGCAUUCUUCGUUCAGGAACUCAGAGCUCGGAAGAAGAUGUUGCCCGGAGCACACCGGUUCGAGAGAUUGAGGGAACUGUGCGCAAGAUGGAAUCGCCAGAGCCUGUCGCUGCGCCUCCAGCUUUCAAUUACGGUCCUAACUCCAAGCCUGCAGGCAAGCCUUUUCACUCUCCAGAUCUCCGCAGGGCUACUACUCGUCUGUCAAACACUACCCUGUCCCAGUUGACAAAGGCAGGAGGAUUUGUGAUCCCACCCGAUAGCCCAUCCGAUGCGUCCUCUGAGCGGCGGAGUGGGGAGGAUGGUGCGCCAUCUGGUCCUUUGGUACAUCCUCAAGCUUAUCCCGACCAACACGUAGGAGGCACUGCUAACGAUACUUUGUCUCGUGAAGCUCUGACCCCUAACCCAACCCCUCCUCCCUCUGGUGGUCUCCCGCCCCCUAUUCCGCCCAUGAACCAGAAGCGUUCCCGAUCGCCCCUUGCCCAGCAGUCGUUCGGUCCCCCUAGCCCUCAUCCCCAGGGUCCCUUGCCUCCUAACCCUCAGGCCCGCGGCCCCCAAGACUCGAGACCCCUUCCUUCGCCCGAACACAUGGAAGGGCUUCAGCAGAUGAGAAACCCAGUUGAGGGGCAUCUUUCUCAGGUCCGUCCCCAGCCGUCAUUUAGCAACUUCUCGCGGCCUGAUGGUACUAGAACUCCUCCCUUGGGUGGAUCUGGCCGAGUGCCUACUCCGGAAAUGCGAAAUCGCGGCAUGAACUCACAGGCCAUGGGACCGCCGCCACCUCCGCAUGGUAGUGACCCUCACGCUCAUGGCCGUGGUGUUCCGCUCCCUGGAAUCGAUACAAACGGCGCCAUUCACCGCAAGCCGCUGCCGGUUCGAUCGGACAGCCUGAGAAGCCCACAAGUGCAGACGCCCGUCUCGGCAUCCAGCGGUGGCAGCUGGGGUAACAAUAUUAUCGACCAGGCGGGCUUUCAGCAAAUUCAGCCCCGCGACCCCAGACAGCGGACACCGGUACCCGACCAACCGAUCCACAGACCGCAGACACAGAGAAGCGAUGCCAGCUACUACGACGACGCAUCGUCGACCGCAAGCCCUGAUUAUGCCAGUCGCAAGUCUAGCGAGACACAGCGUUCUCAAAAGUCUUUCGAGCGGCCCAGAGCCGGCGUUUUGAGGACUGUGGGCGGUGCUGAAUCCGAUAAUGGGGAGCCUAGCAUUCCUGAUGUCAACUUUGGGCCUACCAUCAAUUACGGAGCCAAUCAGCCUGCAAGAAACAAGACACCCACGCCCAUGACCUAUCAGGCCAUGCCCGGACCUCAGCGACCUUUCUCUCCGGCGGCGAUGAAGCCUCCCACCGCCAACGACCCCAGCCAUAACCGACAAGAAUCUGAGGAUACGGUCAGGAAGGUUGCGUGGCAACCGGGCGCUGCCGCUGUGCCAAGCGGUCCAGGCAUGAGCGCAGAGCAGUUCGUUCAACAGCGUGCGGCCCAGCCGCCCACUCCCAUGUACGCCCACAACAGAACGCCUUCUGGCAAUAUCCUUACUAUGCGAUCCAUGACCCCGACUCCUGCAAUGACCCGAAGUGGCUCCCAGGAGAUGCUCGCGCGUCACUCGCGCAGCAGCUCGGCAGAUCUUUUGCAGCGUCCCGGCUCUCGCGGCGCCAACGCCGUUCUCGAUAUGACCAGUAGUGGUGAGGUCUCAUCCCACCUGUCGGCGCGCGAACAGGAGCAUGUAGCGCGCAUGACGGGCUCGCCGCUCAUUACGAUGGCUGCCAACCGCAACGCCAAUCAGAAUCAGCAAGGAGCUGGCUUGGUCGGUGCGAUCCAAGCUCGUGAGCAGGAAAGACAACGUGCCAAGCAGGGUAUGAAUACGCAAGCGGUGCAGCAAGCCAUCAACCAGCGCCAGCAGCAGCAGGCCAUGGUCUACCAGCAGCAGCUUCAACGCCAGCAGCAACAGCAGGUCUACCAACAGCAACAGAUGUACGCACAGCAGCAACAGCCCGUGUCUCCCCAGGGCAUGUACACUCAGAGCAACAUGUCCCUUGGCCAAAUGAGCCAGAUGGGACAGAUGGGUCAAAUGGGUCAAAUGGGUCAAAUGGGUCAGUUGCGGGUACAGCCGAAUGGAUACGGAGCCGGGCCUGCGCAGAACUUUGGCUACGCUCAGGGUAGCAGCUACAGUCCCGCGAGCAACUACGGCGGCGCAGCCAGUACUUACGGUGGCGCGGCCAACAAUUUUGGCCAAGGAGGCGGAUACGGCCAGGGAGGCGCUUAUGCCAACCCGAUGGUAAUGCGCCAGGGUCGCCAAUCGCCCGGACCUCAAAUGAUGGAUCCCAGACUCAUGCAACAACCACAGCAGCAACAAGGACCCUACUCCCCGGGUCCUCGUCAGGGUGGACGGGGACAAGCUUACCCGGCACCGUAUCAGGGACAGGCUUUUUAG